AUGCCUCGUCGCGAAGCUUCUCCGGCCAUGUCGGAGAACGAGUUCGACAUUACCAGUGCCCUUUUCCAAAAUGACGAUGAUUCCGACGUCGAUGUCGGCAAAUCUGCGCCCCGACAGAAACCCGAUACCACGCAAGACCUUGAUUUUCUCAAUGCCGACGACGAUGGCGAUGCGGCCUUUAUUGCGACACAACAGGCUUCGGCAAACCGAAAGGGAUCUAAUCUCAAGGGCCGUACGGUGAAGAAAGGUGGUGGUUUCCAAGCCAUGGGUCUCAAUGCCAACCUGCUCAAGGCCAUCGCCCGCAAAGGUUUCUCGGUUCCCACUCCCAUUCAACGAAAGACGAUUCCCGUGAUUAUGGACGACAAGGACGUCGUCGGUAUGGCUCGAACUGGUUCCGGAAAGACUGCGUCAUUCGUUAUCCCCAUGAUUGAGAAAUUGAAGAGCCAUAGCGCCACGUUUGGUGCCCGUGCUUUGAUCAUGUCGCCCUCGCGUGAACUUGCUUUGCAGACACUCAAGGUCGUCAAGGAAAUGGGACGUGGAACAGAUUUGAGAUCGGUUUUGCUCGUCGGUGGUGAUAGUCUGGAGGAUCAGUUUGCCAUGAUGGCCGGCAACCCCGACAUCGUGAUCGCGACACCUGGUCGAUUCUUGCACUUGAAGGUUGAGAUGGACCUCGAUCUAUCAAGUAUCCGUUACGUCGUGUUCGAUGAGGCUGAUCGUCUCUUUGAAAUGGGUUUCGCUGCCCAAUUGACCGAAAUUCUUCACGGCCUUCCUUCCAAUCGACAGACACUCCUUUUCUCUGCGACUCUUCCCAAGUCGCUUGUGGAAUUCGCGCGCGCCGGUCUACAAGAGCCUAGCCUUGUGCGUCUUGAUACCGAGAGCAAGAUCUCCCCCGAUCUCCAAAAUGCCUUCUUUGCUGUCAAGUCGUCCGACAAGGAGGGUGCAUUGCUCCACAUCUUGCAUAACGUCAUUAAAAUGCCCACCGGGCCCACUGAAGUUUCCCAAAGGUUCAAGGCGGAAAGUGAGAACCCCAAGAACAAGAAGCGCAAGCGACCGGACUCUGGAAAGUCUAUCUACAAGGAGUCGCCCACGGAGCACUCCACCAUUGUCUUCGCUGCGACAAAGCACCACGUCGACUAUCUCUACUCCCUCUUGGUUGAAGCCGGCUUCGCCACGUCCUACGCCUACGGUAGUCUUGACCAACUGGCAAGAAAAAUUCAGGUAGGUUACUUCCAGUAUGUCAAUUAUCUCACGACACAGACACUGACCAUAUCACCAACACAGGUCGAAAAUUUCAGAAAGGGAAUUUCCAACAUUCUCGUUGUCACUGAUGUGGCUGCUCGUGGUAUUGAUAUUCCUGUUCUCGCCAACGUGAUCAACUACGACUUCCCCUCCCAGCCUAAGAUCUUCGUCCACCGUGUUGGUCGUACCGCCCGUGCCGGGCAAAGUGGAUGGAGUUACAGUCUAGUCCGCGACGCGGAUGCCCCAUACCUGCUUGAUCUCCAGCUUUUCCUGGCUCGGCGAUUGGUCUUGGGCCGUCAAUUUGGAACCCAGGUGAACUACGCCGAAGAUGUCGUUGUCGGUACCCUUGCCCGCGACCCUCUCUCCGAGAACUGCGAAUGGGUCAACAAAGUUUUGAGUGAGGCUGCCGAUAUUGCCUCGCAGCGUCAGGUGUCAGUCCGUGGUGAGAAGCUCUACAUGCGCACUCGAAAUGCGGCAUCUCUGGAGAGCGCGAAGCGAGCCAAGAAGGUCACGGCUAGCGAGGAUUGGUCCACCCUUCAUCCCCUGUUCAACGACGACGAGAGCCUCAUGGAAGCGGAGCGUGAAAAGAUGCUCGCCCGUAUCGGCGGCUUCCGGCCAUCGGAGACCGUCUUCGAGGUUCAGAACAGACGUGGUGGCAAGCAAGAGGGCGGAGAAGCCAUUGAUACCAUCAAGCGAAUCCGUGCCACAGUUGACAAGAAGAAGCUCCGUGCCCAGAACAAGGAGCAAUCUGAGCUGGCUGAGUUGGGUAUCAAUGUCAGCCAAGCAGAUGGAGAGGAUGAGGGCGAUGAGGAUGACGAUAUCCCUGACGAGGCUGGAGAUAACAUGUCUGAGGCAUCCGAGUCUGAAUUGGAAGUGACUUUCUCCGCCUACAACUCGAAGGACAAACAAGCCGACAAGUCAAACGGGGUAUCGGCAUCUUCAUUCCAGAAUCCUGAUUACUUCAUGGGCUACACGCCCGCAAACCACAAUAGCGCGGAAGACCGGGCCUACGGUGUCCACUCUGGUACCAACUCCAACUUCGCGCACGAGUCGCGGAACGCGACUAUGGACCUGAAUGGUGAUGAAGGCCAGAAGAACUUUGGUGAGAACCGAUCUGUCAUGCGUUGGGACAAGCGACACAAGAAGUAUGUCGCCCGUCAGAACGAUGAGGAUGGUUCCAAGGGUACACGCCUCGUCCGCGGUGAGAGUGGUGCCAAGAUUGCCGCCAGUUUCCGUAGUGGCCGAUUCCAGAGCUGGAAGAAGGGCAAGCGUAUGAGCAACUUGCCUCGUGUGGGUGAAGCCGAGACGCCUGGUCUCUCCACAGGAUCGGGCAUGCCGGGCGGGCACGGCCCUGGUGGUCGAUUCCGACACCAGAGGCAGCAGGCUCCCAAGCGGGCCGACCCGUUGCGAUUCGACUACGAGAAACAGAAGAAGAAGAAUGACACGGCUCGGGAGCGUCAGCAAUCCCAGGCUGGCGGCGCUGCGUCGCACGGAAAGAGUGAGAUUCGCUCGACUGAUGAUAUUCGGAAGGCGCGGAAGCUCAAGCAGAGACGCCGCGAAAAGAACGCGCGCCCUUCGAAGAAGCGUUAA